AACAACAAAACACGUGUAGUUAUAACCUAGUGUCAUCACACAUGAAAAUCCCAACAAUAAAGAAAAACAAGUGAAUAAACAAUGAGUGAAGCAGCAGAAGUAUCAGAACCAAGAGCUGAAGAUCCUGAAGAAUCAAAACCACUAAAUUGCAAGUAUUGUACUCAACUAUGUGACCCAUAUGAGAAUCCAAAUUUAAUUUGCAUCUCCUGUAACGAGCCAGUGCACGUGCGAUGUCUCCGCCGUGGCGGAGUACCGGGUGGACUGAUCGGCGACGUCUUCUUCGACUUGACCUGCGUCGAGUGUCACCCCCUGCACGAAGAAACUCUGAUUCGUCAGAAAAUAUCCUGGCUGGGUAUCGUGAUCCUGACUCUGUACAACCUGAGGGCCAAGUCCGCGGGGAUCAGCAACCGGGGAUACUUUCACUGGAACUUGAACGUCAACGCCUUCGUGGAGAAGCACUGGGACAUUUUGUUCCCGAAGAAUGUCAAGCAAAAGAAGAACUGGAAGGGUACAAUCUCUGGUGCAUUAUCGCACUCUUCUAAAAAGGGCCAGAUCUUUUUCCAGUCCGGGUUUGAUGAACUUGCAGAGUCCGGUUACUGGAAGCUCAUAAAUAACGACCCCCCAGAAGUGCUGAUUGCCAGAAAUGACCAAGCGAUUGUUGACCGCAAACGUCGUGCUAAAAUACAGUCUUCGAUUCAAACUCUUCAGCAGCAUCAGAAUCAUCACCAGCAUCAGUACCAGAAUUAUCUACAGAACCAAAACCUCCAUCAGCAGCCAGAAUUUCCAACCACUAGUUUAAAUUCAUCACCAGUAAUUGAAGAGUCCAGCUCCUGCGAUGACAGCUACGGCGAUUCCUCCAGGACUCAAACGCCCUCGAUGUUUUCACGUGAGUACGUCCAACCUACGGAAAUUUUAUCAAAUUUUUUGUUUGCUGAUGAUGAUCUCCCAGAUAAAAUUGAUCCCCUUGCUACUAAUGAUGAUGACAAUUUAUUAAAUGACAUUGAUGUCGAUCUGAAUCAAUCAGAAGAGUCUUCGUCAAUUGACAUCAAAGAUUUCGACCUAAAAGACCUCAAGGUUUUGCAGGAUUUUGAUCUCAAGGACAAUGAUUUAGGCAUUGAUUUGAAUCUUGCCAAUCAGCUUGAUGAUCUAGAUCAACAUAUUGAUGAUCAUCAAGAUCUAGGUGAUCAGGAUGAUAAUCCUGAUGAUUUAGACAUCGACCUAAAAAAUUUUAGUGAUGAUGCUGACUUGCUGCAAUUUUUUAAAACAUUCAAUCCUGAUUGGAUGCAUGAUAUGCUUAGUAGUAAUGAUAAUAAUGAUAAUUAUGAAGAUACUGAUGGUAAUGAUGAUGACAGUAAUGAUAGCAACGGCAGCACCGGUAGCACGGAACCAGAACCGCCUCAGUCAUUAUUCAGUAGCGCGAAAAAACGCGACUACCCUUGGAAAAAAAAACGCGAUUGUGUUGAAAGUUCUGUGACGAAGGAGGACAAGGGAAAGAGGGUCAGGAUGAAUAAAAAUGAGGAAGAAUAUUUAUUGUCGACGAUAAAUAGCUCGUGGGUUGAUAAAAUGACUCCCAGAAUACGGAGGCUCUAUCGUAAGUUAGUUGUCAGGAGGAUAAAAAGGCUGGGAAAUGUAAAACUGGUCGACUGGGAUGAGGCUGGGAGAGGCAAGAUGGAGGAAAAGGUCUCGAGGAACGGAAGGGAGAGAGUUAUUGAUAGAUUCAGAAGGGAUUUGGGAACCGCGAGAAUGGAACAAAGACUGAUGGGCUAUUGCGAGAACGGAGAAAUUUGCAGUCCGUAUACGCAGAGAGGGUUGAAGCCGUUCAUUAGAAGAGACGACAGCUGCAGGCCCUUGUGGUUGGAGGUCAUGCAGGAACUGGAGGCUAAGGUUAAUGGCAAACAGCCCGAUUGGAGGCCUAGACCCAGGGCGACCGUCGACUAUUCCUAUGUCAGGCCGCAGCACAUCCCGGGUAUUAAUAGCCUCGCUUGCCAGUUCUUUUGGCCGGGAAUUGAUUUAACUGAGUGCCUGCAGUACCCAGACUUUACUUGCGUGGUGCUUUAUAAAAAACUUAUAAUAGGAUUUGGAAUUCUCGUCCCUGAUAUUGGGUUCGACGAAGCUUAUAUCUCGUUCUUUUUGAUUCGACCCGAGUGGCGUAAUUCAGGAAUCGGGACUUUUAUGCUCUACCACCUGAUCCAAACUUCGAUGGGCAAGGAUGUGACCCUUCAUGUAUCAGCAACAAAUCCCGCGUUGAUUCUUUAUCAGAAGUUUGGUUUCAAAAUCGAACAGUUUGUCCAAGACUUUUAUGACAAAUACAUGACUACCGGCGCCAAAGAAUCACGACAUGCAUUAUUUUUACGUCUCAGCCGCUAGUUAAUUAUUUAUUUAUU